GGCGAGAUGAUCGUUCUAGGGAGCUAGCUUGGGGCAGCGAGCGCAUGAUCUUUGCUUGGAUUUCUGGUGGAGAGAUCUUUCGUUUCUUUCAUGUGUCAUCGCGAGCGGAUGCUUCGGGGAGCGAAAGCCCCCAAACGCGCCCCAAGGCCGCUGCCGCUGCUCAUCGAGGCGGUGCGAUUCAUCGGUCAUGAGCGCUGGGAUUUGGAGGAGUAUCCUCAGCUGAGCUGAUCCAGGAAGGAGAGGGGGAAGGAUUUUCAUCUACCGCCAGGUCGGUUGUCCCGGAGAUCUUGCUCGAAAUUUCGAGCGGCGACAGCGGCAGCGGAAGAGCCUCGCUCGAAAUUUCGAGCGGCGACAGCGGCAUCGGAAGAGCCUCGCUCGAAAUCGAGCGGCGGCCAGGGGCAUCGGCCAGAUCUUCCUCGAAAUCUCGAGAAUCUUGCUCGGAAUUUCGAGCGAUCGGCCAUGGGCCAGCAGGAUCUGAGGCGGAAUCGUGCCCAGCAGCAGAGGAAUCAAACUACAUUGUUGCAUGGCCGAUCGAGGAGCGGCGGUGGCCGCGGCGGCGGCGGCAGUGGCAGUGGCAAUGGUGGGCGAUUCUCGGUGUGCUCUUCGUGGUUCGAUGUGCGCGUGCUCUACGCCCGCGUCGCGUUCUGCGCCGUGGAGGAGGCGCCGGAGCUCCUCACGAUCUGGUUCCCGCCGCGCGGCAUCGACAUCGCGCUGGAGGUGAAUGGAGGCCGCGUCGCGCCGUCCGAGGAGGCAUGCAUCGCCCUCCGACGGGACCGCCUGGACUUAGAGUCCGAGGAGGUGACGUUCGUGAGCACGGACAACCUUCGGACGUCUGGAUCGCUGGCUUUCGAGAUCUACCAUCGCCACGACUUCCUGGUGUCGGGCUGCCUCAAGCAAUCGGUGAUCAGCAGCCACGAUAGCUCCAGCUUCUGUGAGGGAGGUAUGCCGGGGAUUAGAAAGCUCGGGUGGCGGAUGGAGUGUAGCUGCGAGGCCGGUAGCUCAAAGUGCUCGUUUGUUCGCGUCCAGCAGCACCACUUACGAUCGCCACCACCACCGCCAUCGCCAUCGCCCUCUUCUUCUUCCAGUUCCAGCUCGAGCUUGACGACUUUGAUGGAAGUUUGCGUGGUGGGGAGGUAUAUCGGGUCUCCGGUGAUUCUAACCCAGACUGUCCAGCUUAAUGCGAGGAGAAGCCGGCUCAGGUGCACGGUGCUAGAUGUCAUCCCGGAGGACGAGGAGUGCUGUGGCGCCGCCACCCCGACGCCCAAGAACAGGUGCUUUGGCAGCGGUGGCGGUGGUGGUGGUGGAGUGCCGAGGGAGUGUUUCGUGACCGAUCAACAGCAGCAACAACUGGGCGAGAACUUCCCAGAGGCUGCCGAAGUAUCCGUAUCAGCCGUCAAAAGCAGAGACGGCGACGACGGCGUGGAUCGCGACGACGAUGACGACGAAGAGUUUCGCAAGCUGUACGAGAGCGACUACGAGGAGAAUGGAGACGUCUCGUGGUUUAACGCGGGCGUCCGGGUUGGAGUUGGCAUCGGGCUGGGGAUGUGCUUGGGCGUCGGGCUGGGAGUCGGGCUCAUGGUACGCACUUACAACGCCACCGCCAGAUCCUUCCGCCGAGGUCUUCUCUGAUCUUCAUGCUCCUCCCUCUUGUGCUUGUGAAUAGAGCGCUUUCUUUUUUACUUUCUUUCUUUCCUCAAACCAAGAGAGGCCGUUAAUAAAUAGGUAGAAUCCGCAAAAUUUUGUUUGUAUCUAUUUUUAUUUUUUUCUCCCAUCUUUCUUCUGCUUGAUUAUAUA